AAAACUUGGCUUGAUGCAGGUGGCAUAAUGAAAAGUUUAUUCCGCGCGAUAAGCGAUACCAGUUUACAAAAGCGACCGAGAAGAAAGCAAAGAAACACAAAGAGCUCCAGCGAUUUGAAUACGACAAUGGGAGCAUGUUUGGACUUGCAGAGUGAAGCUCCGAUUAAAAUUCUGCUCGUUCCUUGCGAAUCACAGCCGCCAUCAUCUACGAGGUACUGGGUUAUAGACACACGAAGGCGCGGCAAAAUCCCUUUCUUUGGAUCGCACAGCUGUAAAAUCGUACAACAUAUGGGCAACAGGGUGAGCGAGCCCUUUCAAGGACACGUACUUGCAAGAGAAGGACAAACUAUUAUCAAAGGGAUUUUAACAGACGGAGCUGCUGAGGGGAAAUAUUUCGAGCUUGUAUUGCACACAUCUUCGCAACAACUUAACAACAAAACUUUGGGCAAGACUUCUGGAAGAACCGCCGCGUUGUGCGGUCAUCUACAGCGAAGUGCGAAAGAUAAAUUAGGAGCAUAUGAAGAGACACACGACGCAUUUCUACACUCAAUAGGGGAAAACAACGAAGCUUUUCAAACAAAGGAAAAAUUGAUGAAGUUUGGUCAGAAAAAAAUCAGCUGAUUCAGCUCACGCACAAGUGUUGCCGUACGUGCAAGGUUUAUAUCAAUGUUUCGAGAGCAGACUUGGAUUACGUACGAAUUUUCUCAUGUACAAUAUCCCUCUCACGAUAUUGUAUUUUGAUUUUUCCCGACAAGUUUUUUAAGAGUACGGAUCAUAGCCAACACCGUUUAUAAACUGAAUGAGCCGAAAUAAGGAAAUAAAUCAGCACUCAAAAGACGACAAAAUUAUUUUAAAAACAAGGGAUAGAUUGUCUGGAUUACGGUUUUAGUCGUAUUAAAAGAGGACAUAGGGUUUAAGUUAUUAUAAAUGGCCUGUUUUUAUUUUUAUUUAUGAAUCUUUCGUUCUCAAAUUAUUGAUAUUACAUAAAUAGUUUGAUACUACUGUACCGAAUUGAUGUUUUGACUUGUUUUGACUAUUUAAAAUCUUAAUAAGUGUCAAGUUUAUGCAUACUGUAUACUUAAAAUCUCGGGAGUAAAAUUACGUAAGAAUAAUAAAUUAUUGGGUUUUAAUAAAUCAA